AUGAAGCUCCUCAGAGAACUCUAUGAUGAAAAUGAUCAUCCAAGUUUUCCAAGCGUAGAUGAUGGCAUAAGCUGUCUCAGCAAUCGUUACGCAAGGAGCCGCAAUCGGAGCUUCCUAAUUGUUGUGGAUGAUAUUGAUCACCAUGAACAAUUAGAAGCCCUAGUGGUCAGUGAUGAGCUAAAUAAAUCUGGCAAUAGUCUUGUAAUUGCUACAACUCGUGAUGUAGGAGUGCUCAUAAACGCAGGAAUUACAGUUGCCUAUAAUUUGAAAGGAAUGGAUGCAGAUGACAAGAAAGAGCUGUUUUGUUGGCAUGCUUUUAGCCGAUGUUAUCCAUUUGGUGGAUACGAGAAGCUGGUUGACCACUUCGUAGACUUGUGUGGCGGCUUACCACUGUCUCUUCAAGUUCUGGGCAGGCAUGUUCAUGGCGAAGAUAAGAAGUUUUGGGAGUUAGAAUUGGGAAAAGUAAAAAAGACGCUGCCUCAGGACAUACACUAG